CCACCUAUGAUGGAUAAUUCUUCUUCAAUGUUCUUUCUUUCAGGCUUAAGUGAGACAAAGAACUACUGCUUUAUCAUUUUCUGUGUCACUUUUCUGUGCUACUGCAUGAUUCUAGUGAUCAAUUCUGUCCUUAUUGUGACCAUCAUUGUUUAUAAAGACCUUCAUGAACCAAUGUACAUUCUGCUGUGCACCUUCUGCAUUAACGGGCUUUAUGGGUCUUCUGGUUUCUACCCCAAGUUUCUGUGGGACCUGCUGUCUCCGGUCCACGUUAUCUCGUACUCUGGAUGUCUUCUCCAGGCUCUGGUGUUGGCCACGUACGUCUGCACUGAUCUGUCCAUUCUUGCAGUCAUGGCAUACGACAGAUACUUGGCUAUUUGUCGACCUCUGGAGUAUCACUCCCUCAUGUCAAAGCAGAGACUGAUGAAGCUGGUGUGUUUCUCUGUGGUAACGCCUUUUUCCAUCGUAUCAACAUACAUCUUUUUAACUUGUAGACUGAGACUAUGCAGCAACUAUAUAGCCAGACUAUUCUGUAUUAACUGGACUAUUGUUGCUCUUGCUUGUUUCCCAGCUGAAACCCUGCUGAACUACAUAGUAGCUUACAUUACAAUAGUCAUUUAUGUACUUCAUGGUGUUGAGAUAGUCUGGUCUUACAUAUAUCUCAUCAGAACUUGUGUCAAUUCUUUAGAAAACAGGGCAAAGUUCAUGCAGACAUGUGUGCCUCAUGUCGCCUCCCUGCUCACCUUUCUGGUGACUAUUCUUUUGGAUAUCAUGUACGUUCGAUUCGGGUCAAAAGAUUUAUCUCAGACAAUACAAAAUUUUAUAGCAAUAGAGUAUCUGGUCAUACCACCGCUUAUGAAUCCUUUAAUUUAUGGAUUUAAGCUGACAAAAAUUCAACACAGAAUUCUGGGAUUCUGCAAUAUCAAAAACAAAUAA